UUAAUAAUAAUAGAUAAAAGAAAAUUUCGAAGGUGUAGUUUGUGGUUGGCCAUUGAUAGUAAUAAAAACGGAAAAUAAAGAGGUUCAGAAGUCUACUUUGUUCAUUUACAUUUUUUACGUUUCUUCCUUCAUUCCCUUCGCAUUCAUUCAUUCAAUCAACUUACCCCUCUGUUAAUAUUACCUUUUUGACCUUCGUCCCCACCUUGUGCCUGCACUCUCCAACAGCCAGAUCCAUUUUCUGACUCUCUCCACGUUUCCCUUUUUAUUUAACUCAAAGACCCAUCGCUUUUUUCUCUCUUUCCGAUUCACAGAACAUCAACCCUCAACUCAAACCCUUUCCUCAAAACAAAAACCCCCCCAUUUCCCCCGAAACCCUAGAAUUGCCUCAGAUCCUCUUAUUCCUCAUAGUUCCCAUCGAAUUGCUACCAAUCUCAGCAUAGUUUAUCCAAAAUACCGUUGACCACACUCGAGGUUUAUCCAAUACCCGUCAAAAAGUUCUGUUUUUGUUUUCUGGGUCGCGUUUCCCCCUCUCUUUUCUUGUCUCUGAUUGUGUAUAGGAAUGUUGGGUACUGGCUUGAACUUUGGGCGUGCUCGUGGAGAGGAUCGGUUUUAUAAUCCGCCGAAUGCUCGCCGGUCCUUUCACAGCGUAGUUAAUGAUAGGCUGCGUAGAGCUCACAGCGACGUCACGGCGAGUCGGUCAUCGCCGUCUGUUAGAGAGAAAUCGUUGGAUUCGGUAAAUAGGGAACCCGAGAACCGGGUCGGGUCAGACGAGGCCAAGAAGACUGCUGCAGUACCGUCGUGUGAGCCGGCGGUGAAGCGAUUGAGUAAUCUGGAGCAGUUCUUGCAGGCGAUCAUGCCCUCUGUGCCUCCUCAGUAUCUCUCUAAGAGGACCACGCGAGGCUUAAGGACGUGCGAUGGGGAGUUUCAGCCCUACUUUGUUCUUGGUGAUUUGUGGGAAUCUUUCAGGGAAUGGAGUGCAUAUGGUGCUGGAGUGCCGCUUGUACUAAAUGACAAUGAUAGUGUUGUUCAAUAUUACGUUCCCUAUCUUUCUGGAAUUCAAAUUUAUGCCCAGACUGUGAAGCCAUCUGUAAAGUCAAGGCAAUUAGGCGUGGACAGCGACAGUGAUUUUAGGGACUCAAGUAGUGAUGGUAGCAGUGAUUGUGAACCUGAAAGAGAAUUGAAAUAUGUGAGGGAGCAAAGGAAUCUUCACCACCUGUCAGAGGAGGUACCUCAUUGGAUGGGUAGAUUAUCUUUGAGAGACCACCAUACUCGCCCACAAGAUGGUUUUUCUAGUGAUGAUGGUGAAUCCCUCAAUUCUCAGGGCUACUUGCUUUUUGAGUAUCUUGAACGGGAUCCUCCUUACAGCCGUGAACCUUUGGCUGAUAAGAUAACGGACCUUGCUUUUCGUUUCCCUGAACUGGUGACACUUAGAAGUUGUGAUAUACUAUCAUCAAGUUGGAUAUCUGUAGCAUGGUAUCCAAUUUACAGGAUACCAACUGGUCCAACAUUAAAAGAUCUUGAUGCUUGCUUUCUGACUUACCAUUCUCUUCAUACACCAGUGGGAGGUUCACAAAGAGUGCAGGCUCCCGUAUCAUCAUAUCCUACUGAGAUGGACGGUGUCCCUAAAAUGUGUUUACCAGCUUUUGGUCUUGCUUCAUACAAGUUCAAAGGAUCUCUGUGGACUCCUAAUGGUGGAUAUGAGCGCCAAUUAGCUAACUCUCUUUUGCAAGCUGCUGACAAGUGGUUAAGACUGCAUCAGGUCAGUCACCCUGAUUUCCUGUUUUUCAACCGUUGAUGAUGCUAAGGUGACUGUAACUGUUUUACUUCAGCCAUUUAAGAAGUGGACCUAGUUUUUUUGCCAAUAGCUGCUUUGACCCAUUUCUUGGAUGUUAUUCUGGAUGAAGUCAGAGUUAAUCACCUAUUUGAUUGAAGGAAAAAGAAAAAAGAAAACAAGGUGUUAAGAUCUGUUCAUUAUAGUUCCCUGCUUUGUUUCCUGCUGUAAUAAGUGAAAGAGUAAAAAAAGUAAUGGUAAUAGAAGCAGCGAAGUUCUGGAUAAGUGGCACUGUUAAGGAAACUUCAGAAUGGGUUCACGGUGGAUCUGUACAGAUUAAAGAGCUGCUUCAUAAGUGCUGGCUGAUAUCUGUUAUGAGGUUGUUUUGUUUGCUAACAUCAAUGAGUCCUACAACGGUUGUUUCCUGUCGUUUUCCAACUAUAUUUUAUGUUGGUAUGGUUUUGUUAAAGAGACAGGCUGCGUUUUUUCUGUCCUGAUAAUAACUAUAUACGACUUAGCUUUAAUUUAUUGGGGAAUUUUACUGGAUUUGGUGUUAGCUGAACUCAAGUUUGAAUUGCCCCAACUCUGUAUUUUAAGUCUGACUGUUACGUUUCUUAGCUGCAUUACUUGUACAACUUUUUGUUGAGUUUCAUAGCAAUGAAAUUGUUUGUAGGGUGAAAUCUUUGGUUUUUUAAUAAUAAUUUGUUGUUAGAAAA